AAGCCGCGGCAUCAUUCAAUAAUGACAAAAACGGAAACGAGAGGCAGGUUCAGCCCAUUUGUGGAUGGAGACGUGUGUUUAAGAGCCGGCGGAGUGGUGCUAGUGUUGUCCGACUGGCGCUUGUACUAGAAAAAUGCGGUAACAAUUUGUGUCUCUGUCGCGUCGCCUCUGCCUUGGAGGUUUAUUGUCGUGAGGAAAAAACAGGACAGGACAGCUUCACCGCAUUGCUAUUCGAGCCCCAGUGACCCCCCGAGAGAGGGAGUUGCCUUCAGUUAGCUGACGGACACCGGCUACAUCCAUGCGAGUUGAAAAACAGGUGUACGGUUUCAUCACACGGACGCAGUGCUAGCUUGAGAUCCGCCGCAGCUCGCCAAUUCUGCUCGAGUGAGCACUUCAGUCAUUUCUCGUGGAAGAGGCCGUUCACCUGACGACAUGUUGCGGAAUUAGUCCAGGAAAACAGCAUUAGUCUUAAGGAAAGUGGGUCCUCCUGCAACAGAUCAGUAAGAAGUGCAGCUCAAUAUGAAUACAGAUAGCGGAGGAACCGCUCGCCAUAGCGUGGCCUUGUCACUCGUUCUCUCUCCCAUGAAGAGAGUCCAGAGCUCACCAAAUCUAGGAACAGGGAGUGAUUCUCACUCAUCAGAUUUGGAUUCUUGGCGGUCACGCAGUGUAACAGAUGGCCUGAAGAAUGGAGAUGCUGGCAGCUCAUCUCUUGCUGCUAAAGGCUUCCGCAGUGUCAGACCCAACCUACAGGAAAAAAAGGCAACAACACAGGAUAUGAAUCACGUGCCAUUACCACCCCCAAGGAGAGAGAGUUUCCACUUCUCACCCACUGGCGCUAAUCCUCUAGACUACGACUCCCUCGUUUCCCUGGCUAAAGAUCUUAGUCCUGGAAUGCUAACAUUCACACAGAAUGAGAAGGCAAUUUUAAAAGAGUCCUACACUGUUAGCAGCACAGCUUCUUACUCUUACUCAGAGACCAGUUCAAACACAGUCCAAGAGGAACACCAGUCCACUGUUUCAAAUGAUACCAGCAGCUGUAGUGCAUCUGCUUCUGCUAACACACAGGCCCAGGAACGUAAGGUCUCUUCCCUCAAAUUAACUCCUGUAACCAUCCCUGACCCCCCGGCUCACCUCAACUCUGACAACAACCCACAAACUAAGACCACUUGUUCCCCACCAACCACUUCCCCACCUCCACAAAAGGGUCCUACCUUGUCUCCACCUCAAACACAGACAGCCUCACUUUCUGUCAGUUUGGGCCUUGAGAAUCUGAAACAUCCAGAAACUCAGCCUUCAAGCAACACAAUGGAACCCAAGGUCCAAGAUCAAGCCCCAAAUCGGAUCCCUGGUACAGCUCCAUCCCAUUCCAAGGUGGAAAUGACGAAGGCUCCUCCUGCAGUUCCACCAAGGCCCUCUGCUGCAGAACUGUUGGGCCAGGUCCUCUCUCACGCGAUGAAUGGGAGUACGAGCCAUCCACAGAGGCCUCUCUCCCCGCCGUCCUACCCUCCUCCUCCCACCUCACUUCACAGGGGGCAUCUGAGACAGAGCAGGAGUUCAGAGGGCAGCGAGACGGUUACCAGAGAGUCUGUAGUGUCGGGCCGCACAAGUGUGUGCAGCACCGUGCCAAUCGCCUGCUUCUCAGAAGAAGAGAAAAAGGUGUCUGUCAUCAAAGCUCCUCAUUAUGAAGGGAUCGGUCCUGUGGACGAGUCCGGCAUCCCUAUCGCCAUCCGCACGACAGUGGAUAGACCAAAGGAUUGGUACAAGACUAUGUUCAAACAGAUCCACAAGGUUCACAAAGCAGAUGAUGACUAUUCUGACACAUACAAUGCCACAUAUGCUGUCAUCAACAAUGAUGACUACAAUCUGUCAUCCAGCACCGCCAUGGCCCACCCUGCACCCAGGACACACACAUACAGGCCGCUCGCCAAAAGUCCCUCAGACAACGGAGGGCAUCUAGGACCUCGAGAGCCUUCCCCAUCCCCCAUACCCCCACCUCCUCCACCCAUGCCAUCUCUCCUCCAACUGAGAGCAAGGGACAGCGACCGCGACAAAGAUUCACCCGACUCGAAUGAGUGGGGACCGCCUAACAGGAAAGUGGACACACGAAAGUACCGUGCAGAGCCCAAGAGUAUUUUUGAGUAUGAGCCUGGAAAGUCCUCGAUUUUGGAGCAUGAAAGACCAACCUAUGAUGACAUAGAUUUAGAGAACGAGCCUUGGUAUAAGUUCUUUUCCGAGCUGGAGUUUGGGCGGCCGCCUCCUAAAAAACGACUGGAUUAUAAUCCAGACAUCUCCGCUCGCCAGCGCAUUGAGACUUCCCUGCACAUCGCUCCUGCUGACAAGGCUCCGGAGAGACCUGCGAGUGCCGCCAGCGAUUACAGGAAGAGAAGGAAGUCAGAGCCGUCCAGUUCUCAAGUGAAUGCUCAAUCUCAGAGCAGAGCUACAACUUCCCCUAAACCUGUGGAUGCUUACAGACCCAGCAGCAGCCUGAAGAAACCUGUGGUUCGUUCCUCACCAUCCUCACCAUCCAGAGCCAAAGGUGGGGACGCAUGCAACAUGUAUUCGAACAGUUUGACCUCACCAGGUCCUUGUCAGCCUCCCUGUCCUCCCCCUCUCCCCUCUGGCCUUGCUCAUUCCCAUGAAGAUACCAGCCAGGAAGGCAGUUCUUCCUCCAAGCAGUCUGUCUGUUUCCAAAACAGUUGGCAGACAAAAAGCCAGGAUCCAGAGACAUGGAGCAGCGUGGAGGAGGUACAGCCCUCCCCUCGCAAACUCAAGUCACGUAGCUGUGAUGACUUACUAAAUGAUGGCCAUUCUGGCUCAGAUGGGCGCAAAGCCAACCGCUCGGAAAGUGCUGGAUCACUGGUUUGUGAUGGGAGUCCCUCAGGUUCAACUGGAUCCAACUCCAACAGCUCAUUGCCCCGCCCCCAGCGGCGACGGGCGCAUGAUUCACCAGGCUUUCUCCAGCUCUAUCGGAAAAUGCACCAGAUCGACCGUGCGCAGAUCAUCCCAUCUGAUGUAAUUCGCUCUGUCCGUGCUCGCAUCCUGGAACUGGAGCGCCAACCUCACCGGCAUCGCUUCUCUCCUUGGACACUAUCUUGGGGCGUUGAGGUGCCACGUGAUACGGUGCCAAACCGCAUUUCUGAAUAUGAGCGCCUUAUUAAGAAGUCCAAAUCCAUGCCAAACUUGGGUGACAGUGAGAUGCCUUCAGGCACCACCACGCCAGGUGGCUCAUCAUCUCGAGCCAGCAGUGGUGGUGGUGGUGGAACACCUAGUUUUCCCAAACGUCGCUUUUCCAUAGAAUCUUUAUUAGAGGAAGAUAACAAUUGCAAUGGUGGAACAGGGCCUCACACCAUGGAUCACUUGCAUCGGCCUCGCAGCCCACCUGAGGGCCAGCCUCGUGUUGGGCCAGAGCCUGGCUGUGGGCGGUCCUUUCCUGCUCCCCCUGUUCCUCGAGGCCCACAGGCAAACCCUGACUACUCUGACAGCGAACAAGAUGCUGUUGCCUCAGACCUCAGUGACUUCAUACAGGUGGAGGGUUCCUCAUUUUGCAGCGAGAGUGACUUUGACCACUGCUCCCUAACCUCCUCCGAAAGCUUGUACGGCUCCUCCACCCUCCAACACCAUCACCACCUCCGUCAUCACCACCACCACCAUCACCACCCUGGUCACCAAAGUCUAGGCCAGGGCCAGGGUUACCAACACCGCCACCUCAUUAGCACCUGCAAAGGCCGCUGCCCAGCCUCUUAUACCCGUUUUACCACCAUGCUUCGUCAUGAGAGAGAACGAGCACGCCAGGAUAACCAGAGACCUUCACAUCAGAGCCGCAGCAGCCAUUCACAAAUCCAGAGCUCACAGUCCCAGCAAGCAAUGUCAAAGCUGGCUUUCCUGGUCAGCCCAGUGCCUUUCCGUAGGAAAAAGGGCUCACCACCUACCUCAAGAAGAAGCAGUGGUGGCGGAGAUCGAGGUAGCCGACCCAAGUCCAAACAGGCCAUUUAUGAAGCACUAGAUGCAGCCUUGAGAGACAUUUAUGAGCACAUCCAAACAGAGAGAGGCCACAGAGGGGCCAGGGCACCUGAUGGUAGCAUCCUGAAGAGAAUACUGGCCGAAUUGCUCCCAAAUGUGCCUGAACGGAGCUCCUCCUUGCGUGGGAGGAGGGGGUGUUGGCAUGGCGGUCACUCCUCUACAUCUUUGUACCCAGAUGGCAGCCCCACUGGGUACGCCUCGCAUAGAGGGGAUCCCUCCACACCUCAGCUACAGUCACCACGGCUACAGUCACCAAUCAGUGCCUGUUAUGGACGUCACGAAGACACCUCAAACAAUAAUGAAUAUGGAGAGGAGCAGGGCAAUGGGAAUGGUCUCUGUUAUUCAGACCAGGAUGUGUCCAGGAGCUAUUCCACUAUGGAUGGGCGCCACACCCCACAGAGUAGAAGGCCUACUCCUGACAGAGAGGUCUCCCAUAAACAGAUGACACAACUUAUUCUGUUCUCUCUCCUCCAUCAGAAACAGCCUGCGAGAGCCAUUUAUGAUUUUAAGGCACAAACAGAUAAGGAGCUGACAUUCAAGAAGGGUGAUGCAGUGAACAUCAUCCGCCAGAUAGACAACAACUGGUACGAAGGAGAGCACCGUGGACGGGUUGGGAUUUUCCCCAUGUCAUAUGUGGAAAAGAUGCCGUCCACAGAGAAGCAGCAGCCGAUUCGUCCUCCUCCGCCAGCACAUGUCAGAGAGAUCGGAGAAGGGGUAGCUCGCUACAACUUCAAUGCUGACACUAAUGUGGAGCUGUCUCUCAGAAAGGGGGAGAGAGUAAUAGUGUUAAGGCAGGUGGAUCAGAACUGGUAUGAAGGCAAGAUUCCGGACACAACCAAACAGGGCAUCUUUCCUGUCUCGUACGUGGACAUCGUCAAGCGCUCCCCUUGCAAGAGCUCCACCCACCACAUUGACCCACGUGGUUAUUCUGGCAACAGGACACCGAGCUCUACACCUAUCAAGCCUUUCUACCAUCCACCUCCAUCCUCCACUACUCGUGACCUCCUCUCUCCUCAGCCCUCAGUGAGAAGGCAUGACUUAAAAGCUGUCACCAAUGAGUGGCUGUCCCUUACAAUGGAACCUUCGACGUCCACUCCAACUCACUCGCUCCCGAGCACCCCCCUACCGCCCACACCACCCCCACUCCCCGUAGACCUGGCACCUUUCCUAAAGACUCAGGAGCCCAAGUCACCCUCACCUGCUCCGUUGCAAAGAGGCUUUGCCCUCUUGACCCAGAUGUUUUCCAAGACUCCUCCUUUUAGAGAAGGGAGACCUGGUUUAGGUCACACUUCUGCUGCCUCGCUGAUUUCUCAACCAACACUCCCAUUUCCUCCUCCUCCUCCACCUCCUCCUCUUCCUCCCCCCCUUCCCCUUCCUCGUUCCUCAUUUAUCUCUCCACUGCCUGACUCUUCACUAAAAUACAACAGCGGAAAAGGAAUAGACCAAUCAGUGCACACUUCUAAGCCAGAGGUUUUUUCCUGCACAGUGCCAGAACCAUUCAAAUCCACCACACAGGCUCCUCCGAGGUCCAGUUUAAAAUUGCAAGAAAAUCAAAGCAGCAAAAUCCUUGAUUCUAAUCUGCAAGUAAAAGACCCAUAUGAUGAUCUCUUGUUGAUGAUUCUUGAUGACUUUACCAGCACAGAUAAUACUGACAAUUCAAGAUUAUCUGCUGUAGUUUCCCCUUCAUCUUCACUAAACAGUAAAUCACAGAGCAAGUUUAAGCUAAAAACAGAAGAGCCCGAUCAGCCAGCAGUGAAACCCCCAGCAGACACUACAGCAACUGAUUCAGCAGGCAGCAUUCGAUUAGAGGCGCAGUUUCCCAAGCCUGUUACAAUGGAGCCGCUUUCCCUCAGCUUGGAACAUCAGUUAAAAACUCUAAACGAAAGAGCAGGCGAGUCGCAAAGACCAUCAUCGGUGAAAGGAAGGGGAUUUACUGAGUUGUUCAUUGAGGAAGACGAUGAAACUAGAGAGGACAAAGAGGAGGACAUUAAUGAGAGACUCAGUCCACAGGCUGAUGUUUCUUCUUCUUCUUUGACACCACUUCCUGACCCAAGCCUCCCCUCAACAUCCACACCACCUCCUCCUCCAACUUCAUUACCUCCCCCUCCUACUUCUUCUUCUUCAUCUUUUGCUGUCGCUCCUUUUUCUUCUUCUGCUGUCACUCCUUUUUCUUCUGCUGUCACUCCAUUUUCUUCUUCUGCUGUCACUCCUUCUGCUGUCACUCCAUUUUCUUCUUUUUCUGCUGUCACUCCUUUUUCUUCUUCUGCUCUCACUCCUUUUUCUUCUUCUGCUGUCACUCCUUUUUCUUCUGCUGUCACUCCUUCAGCUCUCACUCCUUCUUCAGCUCUCACUCCUUCUUCUUCAGCUGUCACUCCUUCUUCUGCUGUCACUCAUUUUUCUUCUUCUUCCUCCCAUUCACAAGGACAGGAGCGUACCACCGUCCCUCCCUCUCCCCCUGUCUCCCCUCGACCCUCCCUCCCUCGCCUAAUGACAUCACCACUACCUCCAGUCUCUCCCUCUCCACCCGUCUCACCACCUCCCAUCCACUCCUCUCUGCCCUCUCCAAAUGUUCCCUCACAGCGCUCUGUUUCGAGAUCUCCCUGUCCUUCUCAUCCCAUCACAUCCUACCCUGACUCAGAUUCACCUAUUCCCUUCCCCGCCCUGCCUCCCCCUAAACCUCCCUCUCCUCCUCUUACCACCCCACGCUCUCCCCCAACUCCUCCCACUGUACCCUAUCAUGGACGUAGGUCUCCCAAGGUGAAGCAGGAUCCAGUUGUUGGUGGUAAACCUCCUCGUAGCCCCAUCUUGUCCCGGAGGUCCUACAUGUCCCACAUUAGAGGUCGAAGGCGAUUAGUACAGGAUGCACUCCAAGGUGGAGGAGAUCCGUACCAGGCCGUGUACAACUACUCGCCUCGCAACGAGGAUGAGCUGGAGCUGAGGGAGGGCGACAUCGUGGACGUGAUGGAGAAGUGUGAUGAUGGCUGGUUUGUUGGGACCUCCCGGAGGAGCAAGUUGUUUGGAACCUUCCCAGGAAACUACGUGAAGCAGCUAUAAUGACAAUUCCAGACUCCCCCUCCUGCCCCCCGCCCCACUCUGUGACACUUCACCAUCUGCACAGCACCCGCAGGACACCACCUCCCAACACUGAGCCCCCGAGGCCCGUCACACGUUUGUGUGUUUGCGUGUAUGUGUGGCUAUUCAGCUUCACACAGACAGAACAUUUAGCUCUAACUAGCCAUCUUUAAUGGAAGACUUGUAUGGAAUAAUACUGUUUUUUUUAACCGUAUCUUCUAGUCCUUAUUUUUCUAUCAAGGAGAAUCCAAACUUUGUGCUCCAGUGAGUGACCUUUAACUUCUGACAGUUAUGGAAAGAAAUCAAAGCAACUUUGCAAACACUCACUGACAGAAAAAAGGGCACCACAGCAACGCUUUUUCCUUUUUUUUUUUUUUAAAGGGCAGUAACCAUGAUCUUUUUUUGUUCCUGCACAUUCAAAAUCACUUGUUACAUUUCAUUCAGUGUUCAAUCAUAAAUAUCCCCAAAGACAUUCAGUGCAGAGUGAUGCAAAAACAGUAUUCUGUCAGCAGGCCUGUUAUACAUGAACUGUAUUGAAGAGAUUUUAGGUACAAGGAUGAUAGUUACAUGUGGAAAAGAUGCUAAUGCAUCAAUUUGAUGUGUUAAUCAAGGUAUUAAUAUGUUGAAUUUGGGGAUAGAGUUCAUACAUCUAUUAUUAUGAAGCAAUUAUUUUAAACAUUACAAACGAGUUAGUGGGAAAAACAUCACUGACACUCUGUUGAUCAUGUUCAAACCCACACAUUAGAUUAGAAACAUUUAAGAUUACAAAAAAGCAUAUUUUUGAAAUUGUUGGUUCUUCAUCUUCACUCUAAGAAUGAUGCACUUUAACUUUAACACAGUUUUGUGUUUGAUUGAUCUCAGAUUACACAACAGUUCCAUGUGGCUUUGAGGGUUUAGAGGUUCGGUCAUGUUUGAAAAGUGUAUGCAACAAUAUUGCCAACCUUUUAGGUAUUAUAUUUAUUAGGGGACAAAUGCAGGUCGAAAUGAAGAUUUAAGAAAGGAUGGAACAAACCUUUUUUUUUUUUUUUUUUUUUUUUUUUUUUACUUCUUUUAACAGCAGCAGAAUAACAUUGGAAGGAUUGUUAUUUUAUUAAUCAUCAUUGUCCAGACAAGUAAGAUGUUUCAUGGGUCAUAUUUAUGCCAGGUGUCAUGAUGUUUUAUAAGUCAGGUGUAGGAUGAAACAGCUUUUUAUCAAACAUUUUUUUCUUUUUUUGCGGACUUUGAAGGCAUCUUAUAACCAUGUUGUCAGAGAGUGUGUCACUGUUUCAUGUAGUUAUAUACUCUUAGGACUUAUUGACUAUUUCCAUGUUCUCUUGUCAUGUUCAGUCAAUAUUUGAAUGAAUUUGCGUUUUAUAUGUUCUCAUUUGACAUGUUUCACAUAGGAUGGACACUGACAACAAAAACUAUUGUUGAAGCACCUUAAGAUAUAAUUUGAUUUCUCAUUCACGCAUCAUUCGUCACACCCUGUCAUCCACUGUUUGAGCUGAAGUGUGAACACUGUGUGUGCUUGUGCGUGUGUGUGUGUGUGUGUGUGUGUUUUGUAAGUCUUUUGUAUGAGAGCUGUAAAAUGGCAAACAUCCACUUUGCUUUAUAAAAUCAGCUUUUUUCUCACCCACCAUCACAUUUUGGUUUCCUUUCUUUCUUAACAUUCUUCACCGGUGGUGCUACUUUCCACAACUUUUAGCUGUAGCCCGGCAUGUAGGCCUUCUCUUCUCCAGUUUGUUUGUUGUUUUUAAGAGCCAGUGACGUAUUCAAACUGGUGUUACUGUAGGUAGAGUGAGUCGGGUUAUGGAUCGCUGCCUUACAUCCAACUCACAAAGUUUAUAGCCAUGUAUAUGUAAACCUCUUUUGUGAUUUCCAAAAAAUAAUUUAUGCAUAAAUAGAGUAGAAAACAUCAGGAAGGUGUGCACAGAAAUGAUCACAGACAACGUCGAGACAAACUUUGAUACAACUUUAAGGGCAGAUUUGGAUUGGAGACAUGAAUUUAGAUCCUGAUAUGUUUAUACAUGUAAUGAAAAUGUUAACCUUUAUGUUAUUCAUGUUAAUAUCAAAUUCAAUGCACACUCUCGGACCUUAGUAUUUCUACAAUAUCUUAGCAUUUGUUGGACGGUUUUAUGGGGCUGUAUUGCUAAUAAAAUCCAGUUGGUAGAUUAA